AUGGGCAACAUCGACGGAGAAGACUCGUGUUUUUCAGGAGGCGAUGGCGGUGAUUUUCGCACCGUUGCUGAGGGAGCAUCAUGGUGCGUGCUGGAGAGGUGGAACUUUGCGGAUGUUGAGUGGGGGAACUGUUUUUUGGCGUACGUUGCGGACAUCCUGCAUGUGCUGGAUGGCGGGAUGCUUGGUCAUCUGGUCGACAUUUUCAUACGUGGACUUAGCAAGCCAGAGAGGCGGGAGCUUGAAAGGUGGAAGAAGGAACAGAAGAAGGACACUCGCAGCACGAUUGUUCGGAUUCCUGGUGGGACGUCAUGGUUCAGGUCACGUGCGAACUACGCGGCGUUUGAGAACAGGGGGAUGAUGCAGGUGAUGCCGAUUAUUAUCGCGGACAACAUGGAUGGUUGCAAGGCUGAGGAGAAGGAGCGGCGCUUCAAGGCUGUUAGGGCCUUCCGGAAGUAUGCGAUGUUUUACAAGGCGCUCGUCGGCGUGCCAAAGCACACGGAGAAGACAGUGGAGGACGCCCGCACGUACUCAUACACCAUGAUGGACGCAAUCGUGGACGCUUUCCCGGACCAGAAGUCAUCGUGGAACAUCCCAAAGGUGCACCAGAUUGUGCACCUCAUCGACCAAAUUCCACUGCGAGGGAUGCCGUGGGAGUACUCCACGAACCUCUGGGAGCAAACUCACAAGGGCACAGUGAAAGUCCCUGUGCGCGGCAGCAACUGGAAGGACAUCCCGCGUCGAAUCGUGGACGAGGAGGUGCAGCGGGAGAUCACUCGUGAGGUGGCGUCUCUGGCGGGCGGGGGGCGGCUGUACGUGACAGCGCUGCGCGAGGCUGUGCGGCUUCAAGGGCACGUGCUGACGCGCAAGUCCCGCAUCGCGAACGUGAGCGACGAAGAGGACGCCGUGCUGUGGGUCUAUAGGGAGUCUCUGGGACCAGACAUGAAGGCGUUUGGGAGAUGCAUGGUGGAGGCCGAUGUGAAGACACUGGUGAUCAAGGUACACACCGCCGUGGCCAUUCCACGAACCCGUGGGGGGGAGCUGGUUGCAAAAGGCACGUUCGUCAAGGCGAGUCCGGCUGAGAACUGGUUCUCAGAUGUGGCAGUGAGGAACCCUGAAGAGAAGGAGUGGUACGCACGAUGCUUGUGCAUUUUCCGUGCGACCAACUGUGACGGGGAGGAGGGAGCAUACGCGUAUGUGAAGUACUAUGAGGCGGUGGGGGAGUGCCCUAUGACCACGUGUGUGCAGCUGACGCCUGGGAGGGAAGACACAAAGUAUGCGGUGGUGGACGUGGAGUGCAUCAAGCGUGUGGUGCACGUGGUCCGGUCGUAUGUGAACAAGAAGGUGAUGCUGCUUAACAAGUUUUUGUUGUGCGAGUAG